AUGCUAAAGACUCUUGUCCCCGAGGCAGACCAAUUGCCCGUCCCAGAUGCCCACGAUCCCGUACGACUGGGCCAGAACUGCACUACGGCACACAUGGUACAAGUCCCAUGGUCUAUGAAAACUGGCUGGGGGACACCCGUGAUGAGUCCCUACGGCAAAAUCGCCCUCGAGCCAACAGCAAGCGUUCUGCACUAUGCCACAGAGUCAUUUGAAGGAAUGAAAGCCUAUCGAGGCCACGACAACAAACUCCGCCUCUUCCGCCCAGACCUCAACUGCGCCCGCCUCCUCAAGUCCAACGCCCGCGUGGGCCUCCCCUCCUUCAAUCCCUCCGCCCUCCUCGCCAUCAUCACCACCUUCCUCGGCACAGAAUGCCCCCGCUGGCUCCCGGACCCCGGCACAAACAUUUACGUCCGACCCGCCAUGGUCGGAAGCGGCUCCGCGCUCGGCAUAAACCAGCCUCCCGAAGCCUUGUUUUUCCUCUUCGCCGCGCUCUUCCCGCAGUCCUUGGGAGGGUCGGCGAAUGCACCGCACCCGGGCAUCAAGUUGCUCGCCAGCAGCCCCGAGCAUAUCCGUGCCUGGCCUGGCGGGUUCGGGUCCGCGAAGGUGGGCGCGAAUUAUGGGCCUGCUAUGGUUUCGCAUGCGGCGGCUAAGGCGCAGGGGUGUACGCAGACUUUGUGGUUAUUUGGGGAGGAGAGGAUUGUUACGGAGGCUGGGGCGAGUAAUUUCUUUGUUGUGUGGAAGAAGAAGGGGGGUGAGGGGGUUGAGCUUGUUACUAGUUCGUUGGAUACGGAGGUUAUCCUUGAUGGUAUCACUCGACGGAGUGUUUUGGAGGUUGCGAGAGAGAGGCUGGCGGAAGGAUCGACGGCUGGGACUGAGCUCGCCCCGUUGGAGGUUGUUGAGCGCCCAUUUACCAUGAGCGAGGUCGUGGAAGCGUCUGAAGAAGGUCGACUGGUGGAGGCCUUUGUUUCUGGCACUGCGAUGUUCAUCACCCCAGUCUCGGGGAUCAAGUAUGGCGAUACUGAAAUUCAGUUCCCCAUGAUGGUUACUGAGGAGGGGUAUAAGACGCCGCGCUCCGCGUACUCCAACACGAUCAAGUCUUGGUUGGAGGAUAUCAUCUACGGCCGGGUAGAGCACGAAUGGGGAUACGUCGUUGCUGAGGAGUAA